GCACAAAAUACACAAAAAAGCACGCAACAUUUAAACCUGACUUAAAACGAAGUCGGGCGUGCGUGCAUUUAACACGCGCGAUAGCCUCGGUUUUAUUUGCAUUUGUGAAAUCUAUGAAUGAUUCACUCGCGGUGUUUUAUCCUUUCUGCUCAGGCGUUAUCUGAAGACAGCUCCCUUUACCCGAAAUGUUUUAGUGUGACCUCUACUGCAAAAUACCUCAGGAGCGCAGAGGCGUUCAGGCGUCUUUUUUAUUUUUGGGACGAUAUAUAUAUAUUUAUAUAUAUAUAACAGCGAUCUCCUGCACGGACACGAUGCCAGCUUGAAUGAGAAACAGCUUCACUGUGUGCGCAAACAUCAGCAGGGAGGGCUUAUGUGCUGCCUGCCGCUUGAUUUCCGACUCGGGGCGCUCAGUGUUGUCGGAGUCCGUGUCAGCUGCACCGCGUCAACAUGGGUGUGAUUGGUGUGCAGCUGGUGGUUACCAUGGUAAUGGCCAGUGUAAUUCAGAAAAUCAUACCUCAUUAUUCCUUCGCAAGAUGGCUACUCUGCAGUGGCAGUCUGCGGUGGUAUCAGCACCCUACGGAAGAUGAGCUGAGGAGCUUAGCUGGGAAACAAAAAGGACAGAAGAGGAAAGACAGGAAGUAUAAUGGCCACAUAGACAAUAAGCCGCUAACGGUUCCCAAGGACAUCGACUUACAGCUGGAGACGAAAUGCAUCACAGAAGUCGACACCUUAGCAUUGCACUACUUCCCAGAGUUCCAGUGGCUGGUGGAUUUCACAGUAGCGGCAACUCUAGUCUAUCUGAUAACAGAACUCUACUACAGUGUGGCUCAGGCCUCAGGAGAGAUGAACAUCAGCGUGGUCUGGUGCCUGCUGGUACUCGCUUUUGUCAUCAAGACCCUUUUCUCUCUAACGGCCCACUACUUCAAGCUGGAGGAAGGAGGCGAGCGUUCACUCUGCAUUACCUUUGCUUUCUUCUUUUUCGUCAAAGCCAUGGCCAUUCUCAUCGUCACUGAAAACUACCUGGAGUUUGGUUUGGAGACCGGUUUUGCAAACUUCUCUGACAGCGCUCUACACUUUCUGCAGCACCAGGGCUUGGAGUCCCAGGGCCCCAUAUCUAAACUCACCUUCAAGCUGAUCCUGGCCCUUCUCUGCUCCCUGAUUGGAGCAUUUCUAACUUUCCCUGGCCUACGAUUGGCACAAAUGCACCUAGAUGCACUCAAUCUGACCACAGACAAAUUUACACAGACUCUGCUUCAUAUCAACUUCCUGUCCCCUCUUAUCAUGGUCCUGCUGUGGGUGAAGCCCAUUACCAAGGACUACAUAAUGAACCCCACUCUGGACAAGGAGAGUGUGCCUUUGAUGACCGAGCAGACGUUUGAUACGUUGCGGUUGUGGACCAUCAUACUGAUGUGUAUACUCCGGCUCGCUAUGAUGAGACAUCAUUUGCAGGCCUACCUCAACCUGGCCCAGAAGGGUGUGGAGCAGAUGAAGAAGGAGGCGGGGCGGAUAAGUACCGUUGACCUGCAGAAGAUGGUUGCACGUGUUUUUUACUACUUGUGUGUAAUCGCACUACAGUAUGUGGCACCACUGGUGAUGCUGCUGCAUACAACUUUGCUGCUAAAAACCUUAGGUGGACACUCAUGGUGGGUCUAUCCUGAAGAAGACCUGCCUUGCACCCAUGAAAUGAACUCUGUGAUGGGGGCGGCACCAGUAGUAGGCCCAACACCAGCUUCAGUGGUAGAAACGGGAGCCCGGGCGUCAGUAGCCCAGCUGUCAGUGGCCCUGGGAGGCCUGCGGACUGUCUUCAGCCCCUUGCUCUUCCGGGGCCUCUUUUCCUUCUUUGCUUGGUGGAUUGCCGCCUGCCUCUUUUCCACCUCUCUCUUUGGCCUCUUCUACCAUCAGUAUCUCAUGGCGGCAUAGCAUCACUCACCCAGCAGUGGCAGUCAGACUCCCACAGGGCUACUUUGUGUUCAGCCUGAUCAGAAAGGACUGAGUGGGGGUGGGGGGCAACAGAGGCCUAUUGAUGACUGCUCCACACCUCCUUCUUUCUCUCCUCCCUCUGACCACCUCACAAUGACUGACCAUAUCAUCAGAGCUCCUGGUUCAACUUCCAGUGCUUCCUCCACAGUUGACUCUGUGAACUCUUGUCAUUGUUUUUACUACUACCUUUUUAUUUGGAGAGCGAGAUUUCUAAACCUUAAUAACGGACAGACUAAAGUACGAGUUAAAAGAAUAUUAAUCCGUGUCAGUGGUGUAUCGGCAUAGUAAUGAGAAAUUGGUCCGGUACUGUAUGUGAGAUGUCGAUUACAGUUAAUUUUAUGUGUUGAAAAUGGUAUGGCAGUUCUGCUCAGUUCCACCAGUUUUGUUGAAGCCAGUGGGGAGAGUUCUUUUUAAUGCGUUUUGAUCCAUCACCAUCUCCAGAUUCAUGAUUUUAGAAAGUCCGAAGUGCAGCCACUUACAGUUUCAUACGUGUCAGUAGGGAGUCAGAUCACUCCCCCCUGUUUUCAGUGGUCACUAAGACUCCUUUUGAGACCACAUCACAGACUUAUCCAGAGAAAAAACUUCUGGAGGUACUCUGCAAGACUGGAUACAUGCUGUUCGGUUUUAUUGGUUGGCUCUUAGGUGCACAGGAGUCAUGCAACUAUAUAUAUAUAUUCCAGUCUGUAUCACAGUUCAUGGUGAUUUCCCACAUUGUACAGAAGCUAUAUUGAUCACAGAAUAUCAUUAAGUCUGGAGAUUCAUCUUGGAGGCUAGUAUGCGACUUCAUUUUUUUACCUAAUAUCCCUAUUUAUUUCUUUUUACUAAGUUUUGGUGGAACUGAUAACUGCCAUACGUGUGCCCCUUGUUUUGAUCAAAACUAUAAAAAAUGUGUGUUCAAGCAAGAUCGCUUGCAUUAUUUAAAUGUCUAAAUUCCAUUGCCACGGACCACAAAAGUGUCUGAAUGAGUCUUAAAAUGUCGCGACAAGGACCAAUGAGUCUCUGAUUAUUGGAGGAGGAGCGGCCUGUGGAUAUUUUCAGAAUGGCUGGUCGGGUAGAGAUGGGUUAGAGUGGACAACAGAUGAAAAAGUUGUACCUGCAGAGGAGGAGGAGGAGAUGUUAAAGCUCACGGGGAGACAUCUCAUUGACUUGAAGCUGAUGUAUUUUAAAAACGUGUUUUAAUUGAACUUGCCAUCAAGGACAAACGUAGUUUUUUCAAAUGAAAGGCGUUCCAACAGAUCUGUGAUGUUUCAUUUACAUUGUGAACUCCCCUGUUUUUAUCUGAGCCAUUUUUAGAAGCAAGAAGAGAUAAUUUUACGCUUUUUUUUUUUUUCAUUGAGCAGCAGCGAUGAUUUUAAAGGGAGGACAGCACAUAGGGCUCAGUCAAGGUAAUGUACUCGUGUCUUUGUGUCUGUCUGCAUGUAUAGGAUCCCUGCUGUAGGUCAGCCGUAAUCUGAAAGGGCAUUGUGAUCAAGAGGAGAUGAUGUCAACAGAUGUUGAUAAGCUACUGCCUUUAUGUUCUGCUUUUUUUUUAACUUUUACCCAUCCAUUGCUUUUAAACUAUUCAAGAACAAUAUUUUGUUUGUUUUUAUUCUUUUUCUAACAUGUUUUUGAUUUGAAAAUGGUGCCAAGUGAGUCUGUUCCCCCUGUCCCCUGGUUUGGUGUCUGCUAGCGUUCGAAACUACAACUGGACUACAACUCUGCGGCCUUCUGUUUUCUGUCAAUCCAUCUUGAUGAAGAGGGAAUCAUGGGCUCUGGUUCACACCGGGACAGUAUUUACAGUGUCUUUGCAUGCUGUAAUUGGUUGGUCAGUAAAUAUACGCACAAACAGUGAUAGUGCUCAUGAAGCAAAGGCCCAAUAUGAUUGUCCAGUCUGUUCAGGAAUGUAGAGUGUCACAUGAUUCACUGGUCCUCUGGCAUUUUAUUUUGUCAUUACGUUUAUCGUAGAGCUGUAAUUUCCAGAAUUGCAGCUCUAUGGUUUUUGUACAGAAAAGAUUUUACAAAGCCGAGCAGCACCGUUUCACAUUUUUAAAUCUCCUGAUGUCAGAAGUUUUAGCUUCAGUUGUGUCCGUUUCAAAUGAUUGGGGGGAAUAUGCACAUAAUGAAUGUAUCAGUCCUGCCUAAUUUCUAGAUUGUUUUCAUGAAAAAUGAUUUAUAUGGUGAGUUGAUUUAACACCCCACACCCCACACUUCCUCAAUCCAUGAUUUGUCUAAUGCAUCUGUUAAAUCUACCUUUUGAAACUAAAUCUAAUUUGUCCUAAUGACUAUUUUUGUUGAUUGAUUUAACCUUUUGUUAUUGUUUUUUUUUGUAUUUAUUACACAUGUUGAGGCCUGUAAACAUUUCUAACAGCAAACACUUUAUUUUAGAGUGCAUGUUGGCUUAAAUCAGUGUGUUUGACAAUGUGUUUGACAAAUCAGUUACAGAUCAACCUUUUUUUUUCAUUAUUUUUUUUAAUUGUUCUGGUCUGGUUCGUUAAGAAGUAGCUGGGAUAUUCAGAAUUCAGUGGCCUAACGAGGCAUUGUUUCUUCUGUUUGUUACCACCUCAAAGUGUUUAUUCAUUGUUGGGUUCACGAAGUAAAUCACACACAUUGUUGUUCUGUUAUGUAUUUAUUUCUGCUUUAGAUUUUGUCUUAAAUAAAUUAUGUUCUUUACUAUG